AUGGAUAGCUUUGAGUCGAUGUGUGGCCAUUUGAAUCCGGCAAUUUCGGUUUUGUUCUAUACUUUUGGCAAAAUACCUCUUUCUUAUGUUUUUGCAUAUAGUUUUUGCCAAUUAAUUGGUGCUUUUAUUGGAACAAUCUGCGCAUAUUUAUUAUAUUACGAUCAAAUAUAUCAUGUACUGGGUGUUGAACGAAUUGCCGUUGGUCCAAAUGCUACUGCAACCCUCUUUACUUCAAUGCCACCACCACACCUAUCGAAUACAAUUGCUUUCUUUGAUCAAUUUGUUGGAACUGGAUUUCUAGCACUAUUUGCAUCAGUGGUCAUUGAUAAACGUAUCAAUAUACCUGCAGCACUUCAUGCUUUGUUAUUUGGUUUUGUAGUUGCAUUAAUUGGAAUGGCAUUCGGCAUGAAUCUAGGAUAUCCAAUAAAUCCUGCUCGGGAUCUUGCACCACGUAUUUUCGCAGCUAUGAUCGGUUACGGGAUUGAAGUCUUUACGUUAGUCUUAUCUCUAAAAUACUGA